AUGUCUGAGAAAUCUGUUUUCCUCCUUGGUCCAGGCUAUAUUGGCGGCCAGAUAUUGGAUUUUCUCUUGCAAAGAAAUUACCAUGUAACAACCUUGACUCGCCGGGAAUCCACUGCCGCCGAAUUCCACGCCCAGGGUAUAAAGACUGUGAUCGGGUCUCUGGACGAUAGAUCCCUCAUUCAGAAGCAAGUCUCUGUCAGCGAUAUUGUUUUCCAUACAGCAACGGCCGACCACUUACCAUCGGCAGAAGCCAUCCUUGAUGGGCUGGAGGAGCGUGCUAAAAACAACCUGCAAACGAUUUACAUUCACACCAGCGGUGCAAGCGUCCUAAGCGACAAUAGCGCCGGAGCGUUCAAGAGCGAUAUGGUUUUUGAAGAUGACAAGCCUGAAGACAUCGACGCACUCCCUGACUCUGCGCCGCAUCGCACCAUAGACCUAGCGAUUGUGCGUCGCCGGAAGAUCCUCGGCAAGCGCGCUAAAAUUGCCAUUAUGAUCCCCCCGGUUAUUUAUGGCGUCGGUCCUCCUGGAAGAUUGUCUAUCCAGCUCCCUACCUUAGUCCGGUAUGCUUUGAAGCACGGCUACGCAGGCCAGGUUGGAGAAGGCCGGUCAGUCUGGAAGCGGACUCCGCCCGAGGAGGUCCUUCCGAACCCAUAUUGGUUCUGUGAGAACGGCAACGAGUUGUCAUGGAAUGAUUGUGCAGCGGAAAUUGGACGCGUGCUUCACCAGGCGGGUAAGAUUGAGAGUCCUACUCCCCGGACUAUUCCUGUCAGUAACUACGGGGAUAUUUUUGGGAAGUGGACAGAUGCUGUGGUAGGGACGAACUCGCGAAGCAGGGCAAAUCGACUACGAGAGUUGGGGUGGGAGCCCAAGGAGAAGAAGACAUCGGCUUCGCUGGCCGAGGAUGAAAUUCCUUUGAUUAUGCAGGAGACGGGUCCAUUUGAGGGUUAUGGAAAGGUUGUUGCUUCAUGA